AUGGACAUGCUCGAGGAUGCCCAUCGCACUGGAUCGUAUUUCGAUGCUAUCACGCAUAAUCCUGCUAGCUUCCGGGACAAGGUAGUGCUGGAUGUAGGUGCUGGAACUUGCAUACUGUCGAUCUUUGCGGCAAAGGCUGGGGCCAAGCAAGUCUACGCCGUUGAGGCUACAGACAUGGCCCUUCGAAGUCGGAAAAUUGUAGAAGCACAAGGCUUGAGCCACAUCAUCAAGGUUGUGCAGGGCACCAUCGAGACUGUGGCCCUACCGUGCAUGGUAGAUGUCAUCAUCAGUGAAUGGAUGGGGUACUUUCUCUUGAGAGAAAGUAUGCUGGACAGUGUACUCAAUGCCCGGGACCGGUUUCUGAAGCCAGGUGGCGCUCUGUUUCCUUCGCAUGCGACGCUCUUCCUGGCACCGGUUGGUCCUUACAAAGCUUGCCGUGAGAAGCAGCAGACUUUCGAUUCGGAGCGGACGCAUUUUGAGGACUUCAACGGCUCCAUGCUUCAGUGGUAUGGAACGGACUUCUCCUGCAUGCGUGAUGAGUUCCUUGCAGAGCAACGAAUGUACUAUCUGCAGACAGGCAUGUUCGUCAACCUUUCGCCGAAGCAAUUGGCUGGAAGCGCCAGCCCUGUCCUCGAGAUUGACUUGCGGAAGAUUACCAUCGAAGAGCUGCAGGCAGCCAAGCCAUUGACAUGCACCAUGAGGGUUACCAAAGAUGGUCCCCUCGACGGCUUCGUCGGGUACUUUGAUGUGGCCUUCCGUGGUUCACCAGAGAAUCCGGUAAAGGAGGAAGUCGUGUUGACAACGGCACCGACGACAUCCACACAUACGCAUUGGGGUCAGCAGCCGGAGGCUUACACACAUGUUCCAGCCUGUUUGCACAUCGACUGGAGAAUUGAAGAAGUGUAG